ACAGAGACAUCAGUGUCUGAUAACAUGGAGCAGCUUAAUGUUUAGCCUUGAAACCACACUCACACGCACGUGCACACCCAAGGGGAAGCAGAGGGAUUAUAAAGGCACAGAGAUCCAUACACCGGCCAGGGAUGAAGGGCAGGAAAGUCGCAGUGGGAGGGAGAAGUGAUCGAGCAGGGCCUGUUGUUGGAGAUGAAUCCCCAGCAGAUCCUGAUGACAGCAGCUCCUUUUGGCCUCUCUCAGCCUGGUUUCGUCUCUAUGUGUACGCUCUGCACGGCUGCCUCUGCGAAGUGGCCUUCACUGCAGCGUAUGACUGGUGCAGCACCCGGGACAGGAGGCUGACAGGUCACAGCAGUCUGUGGUCGCUGCCCAUGUACGCCACUGCAAUCUUCUGCAUGGAGGGCCUGAGGGCCCGGCUGCUGGCCCAGCAUCACUCGCUCCCUUUGCGACUGACAACUUACACUUUAUUCAUUUACACAUGGGAGUUCAGCUGGGGGGUAGGGCUGAGGCUGCUGGGGGCCUGUCCCUGGGAUUACUCUGCCCAUCGGUACAAUCUAGGAGGACUGGUGACUCUGGAGUAUGCACUGGCCUGGGCUGUUGCGGCAUUUAUAGCAGAGCAGCAUGUAAUCAAGAAUACCUUAAGGAUAAGAUUGAAAAACGGCUGAUUUCAUGAUGUGCUUGCAAAAUCAGCCACGAAAUAUUUGAUGUCGUUUCUUGCAGGAACAGGUCUUUUUUAAUCAUGUCAUAAUAAAAAAACAUGAGGGGA